AUGCCGCUCCUGCCGUACCCUGCCUUCCACGUUCCUGUUGCCGCCUCCGGCCGAGGGAGCGAGACUCAGGGACUCGUGGCCCGUAGAACCAGGAAUCAUAUAGGGGAGGGAUGGCUCAGGGGUCUGGAUGCAAACUCUGGAGACUUGAGUUUGAUUUUCACUGCCAUGGGUUUCCUGAAUCGUCUGUGGCAGGUGCGUUCCCUUCAAGCCACAUUUGGAGAAUUUGAAUCCAUGAUGAAAAUUGCUCAGCAGAAGCAGGAGGUUACUGAGAAGGCUGUUAAACAAGGGGAGAGUGAAAUAAAUCGGAUCAGUGAAGUGCUUCAGAAGCUGCAAAAUGAAAUUUUGAAAGACUUGUCUGAUGGCAUCCACAUGGUGAAGGAUGCAAGGGAACGAGACUUCACAUCUCUGGAAAACACAGUGGAAGAGAGACUAACAGAGCUAACCAAGUCUAUAAAUGAUAACAUUGCUGUAUUCACUGAAGUCCAGCAAAGGAGCCAAGAUGAAAUCAACAAUAUGAAAGUAAAGGUUGAUUCACUAGAAGAGGCAGAUGUGUAUAAACAUGAAAUUAAGGUGCUAAAAGAUGCUUUUGGUGAGAUGCAAGCAUCCAUGAAAACCAAAGAAAAGGACAUAGAGACCUUGAAGAGUACAAUAGACUCCAUGGAGUCUGAUGUGUAUACUGAAGUGAAAGAGCUAGUCAACCUCAAACAAGAACAUGAGAAAUUCAAAGAGGCUGCGGACACUGAACACCUUUCCUUAAAAGCUUUACAAGAGAAAGUUCUGAGAGCUGAGGAUUCUAUUAUGCAGCUCCCUAGUGACAUUAAAAGACUCGAUGAAGAUUUACUGCAAGUUAAAGCCGACCUCAACAAAUGGGAAGAAAAUGAACUCUUCAGAAAAGCAUUAGAAACUUUUGGGAAGAACAGUGAAGGACUGGAGUCUCGAUUGAGGCACAUAGAAGACAGCCUGGAGUCUCUAACUUCUGUUGCUGCUCAAAACAGUGAAAAGUUGCAAUCUUUCCUUUCUAAGGAGGCAGAAUACGAGAAUAAGCUCAGUGCCCUAGAACAAAGCGUUACUGCUCUUCAGGGGAUCUCAGAUAUGGACGUAACUUCAGUCACAGAUGUUCUGAAAAAUCUUGGUGAAUCACAGACCUCGCUGUACAAUGAUGUGGAAAACUUGAGGAGAAGCAUCAGUGACCUGCCAUCCUCCGGUGCUCUUCAGGAUGUCCAGAAGCAAAUUAGUAUUUUGUUGGAUCAAGCAAAUCUUCAGACAGAUCAAGCACAUGCUCAAGGUUAUCUUGAAAAAUUUUCUUCUGUGGAAGGCUCUGUAGAUGAACUGAGAUCUUCUGUCAGCCAGGUUGAUUCCGAUUUGAAAAUGAUAAGAACUGCAGUGGAUAGUUUAGUCUCCUACUCAGUGAAAAUUGAAAAUAAUGAGAACAACUUGGAGUCUGUGAAGAGCUCAAUAGAUGACCUGAGGAAUGAUCUGGAAAGGUUGUUUGUCAAAGUAGAAAAAAUACAUGAAAAAGUUUAG